UGAGCAACUCUGUUUCUUUUUUCAACUUUUCAUGUACAGAUAUGGUUUAUGGGUGAGUUUUGUCACAUGCCAGCGGAAUUCGAUAGUGUGGCGGGUGCAGUUUUAGAAAAUUGUGAAGGCCCUAAGGAGAAGCUGGAUCCCAAUAAUGAUAAUCAAGAUAAGCAGAAUCAUGGAGUCCAACUGGCUUCUUCUGGUGAACACCAGAUGUCGUCAUCCUCCGAUGAAUUGAGAAGGGCUACUUCUUGGAGGAAUAUAGUAACAGACAGAGGCCUUAGUGUAACUGGAGAAGAUUCGAGAAACCCCAAGUUUUGGUCAAAGGUGUGCUUACAUAACAUGGCGAAGUUAGCUAAGGAGGCAACAACUGUACGGCGUGUUCUGGAGUCCCUGUUCCGUUAUUUUGAUAAUGCUGAUCUUUGGUCUCGUGAACACGGAGUUGCCCUCGUUGUUUUGCUUGACAUGCAAUCUAUUAUGGAAAAUUCUGGGCAGAACACACACUUCUUGCUGUCUACUUUGAUCAAGCACCUUGAUCACAAGAAUGUCCUUAAAAAUCCAAAUAUGCAGAUAGAAAUUGUUGAAGUUGCCAGCUCCCUUUCUAAGGCAACAAAGGCUCAGCCAUCUCUGACGAUAGUUGGUGCGUUUAGUGAUAUGAUGAGACAUCUCCGCAAGAGCAUACUCUGUUCAGUUGAUGACUCGGAACUUGGGGAAGAAGUAAUUCAAUGGAACAGAAAGUUUUACACAGCAGUUGAUGAAUGCCUUGUACAGAUGUCCCAGAAGGUAGGAGAUGCUGGUCCUAUUCUUGAUGUGAUGGCAGUGAUGCUGGAAACAAUUUCAAAUGUAACAGUUAUGGUGAGAAAUACAAUGGCUGCUGUUUAUCGAACUGCUCAGAUAAUUGCAUCCUUACCAAAUCUUUCAUAUAAAAACAAGGCUUUCCCUGAGGCAUUAUUCCAUCAAAUUCUUUUAGCUAUGGUCUCCCCGGACCAUGAAACAAGACUUGUGGCACAUCGUGUCUUUUCUGUUGUACUUGUCCCAUCUUCAGUUUGCCCCCGUCCUACCUCUGUCCAUCCACGGUCAACAAAGGCUUCUGGUAUUCAGAGGACCCUAUCUAGAACCGUUUCAGUGUUUUCUUCUUCAGCUGCGCUUUUUGAUAAAUUAAAAAAAGAACAAUCUCCCUCUCAUGACAAUGUGGCUGGAAAGGAAAAAACAUUCAAUGCUAAAUCAAUGGUGAAAAACCAAUCCAUGUUGAAAAGAUUAACAUCAACCUAUAGUCGAGCUUAUACUGUGAAAAGGAAUUCGUUACCAGGAACUGAUGAAGGAAAAGAGAUUGGUAACACGGAAGAGGAGCAGGAUGGAAUUUCUCUCAAGCUGAAAAUUCGACAGAUCAGCCUCUUGCUGUCUUCACUGUGGGUGCAGGCAAUCUCUCCUGCAAAUACUCCAGAGAAUUAUGAAUCAAUUGCUCAUACUUACAGCUUGGUGGUGUUAUUUUCACAAACAAAGAAAUCCAGCCAUGAGGCUCUUAUUCGAAGUUUCCAGCUAGCAUUUUCUUUGAGGAACAUUUCUAUUGGAGGGAAAGGAUCUCUACCACCAUCACGUCGCAGGUCACUCUUUAUGUUGGCGACAUCCAUGAUUAUUUUCCUAUCUAAAGCCUACAACUUUAUCCCAGUUGUUGCUUGUGCUAAAGCUGCAUUGACAGAUAAAACAGUUGAUCCUUUUCUUCAGCUGGUAGAUGACUGUAAACUGCAAGCUGUAACUGGUAAUACAGAGCAGGCAGUCAAAGUUUAUGGUUCGAAAGAGGAUGACGAUGAUGCCCUGAAAUCACUUUCAGCAAUACAACUAUCUAGUAACCAAACUACAGAAUAUUUUGCUUCAAUAAUAGUGGAGAGCUUGAGGAAUUCUUAUAAAAAUAAGACUGCUGCUAUAAAGGAUCAGUUGCUUAAAGAUUUCCUUCCUGAUGACGUUUGUCCUUUGGGAGCUCAGCUAGUCUCAGAAACCUCAGGACAGAUCUACCAAUUCGGUUCAGAGGAUGAUAAAAGUCUGGACGAGCAGGUUGGGGACCCGACGCUGCCCAUCUUAGAGGAUGGCGUACCAACUGAGAAUAAGAAUAUAUCUAACUCACACCUUACUCUGCAAAUUCCAGACCUCUUAACUGUCACUCAGUUCCUCGAUUCAGUAUCAGAUACAACACUGCAAGUAGGAAGACUCUCUGUCUCAACUUCUGAUAUGACAUACAAGGACAUGGCAGGCCAUUGUGAGGCCCUUCAAGCAGGGAAGCAGGAAAAGAUGUCACAUUUAAUGAUUGCCCAAGCGUCUCGAGAAAAUCCUUUUGACUUUUAUGGACAGGACUAUAUCCAGGCAAAUAUGAAGCCGUCUUACAGCUGCGUUGAUAUGAAAUCUACUCCAGUUCACGUCAAACAUGGCUCUGACUCCAAUUUGUCGAAUCCCUUUAUCAAUGUCACUCCAACGCCAUGUGCAACUGAAUCCCAGUGUCAUCCCAACUUCUUUGCACUACCUGCUUCAAGUCCAUAUGACAACUUUUUGAAGGCAGCUGGAAGUUAAUGUCAUCAGUUCAAGAGUUUGAGAGGUAGCAAAAGCUUGAAGAAUCUCACUUUUGUCUAAAUUUUUGCAUCACUCUACUGCUAAUAUAGAUUGCAAACAAUUUUGGGGUCUGCUCAUUGGAACAUAUUCUGAUUUCUUUCUUCUUGUAUCGUUCUUCCUAUCCAUUUGAUCCGAGAAAAGUUACUAAGAUUCAUAGAAAUGAGGGAAUUUUGUAUAGAAUAUUUUAAAAAGAACGUAAGAUUCUAUAUGUUGAGCUUAGGCUGGCAAAUAUCAACUCUAUGCUAUGUAUAUAUGAUCUUUAUAACUACAAUUCAUCAAUGAAGGCAUUACUUUUCUUUCCUGGUUUA